AUGGUCAGAAUAACAUCUGAAAUAGUUGAGAAUGCUCCACAGUUUACCAACGCCAUUAAAGAUCGUGAGCUCAGUCUCAGAAGUUACAAGUUUCCUGCUAUCGAAAAUAUGGGGUGUACAUUGGAUCAGUUCGAUACCAUUGAUCUUUCAGAUAAUGAAAUCAGAAAACUCGACGGAUUUCCAAUGUUAAAACGUCUAAAAUCGUUGAUACUUACAAACAAUAAGAUCGCCCGUAUCGCUGAGGACUUGGGUCAGCAUUUACCCAAUCUCUUGACCCUUAUCCUAACUAGUAAUUACCUCUCUGACCUCAAAGAUUUGGAUCCCCUAUCAUCAUGUGAUAAAUUAAAUUUUCUAAGUCUUCUUCAUUGUCCUGUAACAAUGCGAGCAAAUUACCGACUAUAUGUUAUCAGCCGCGUCGCAUCUCUUCGCUUUUUAGAUUAUCGUCGUGUUACCCAAGCUGAACGUAAACUAGCUCGAUCAAUGUUUAAACGUCUUCCUGCUCUAUCAAACAGCGUAAAUAAUCUAAAAGCACCAUAUCAGAAAGCGAAUUCUAAUCGUGUAGAAAACUCAAUUCAUGCUGCUGGUGUUGUUAAAACAUUUAUUCCUGGUGCUCCAAUUAAUUCAAAUAAUCUUCUCCCUCCUGGAACUGAGCCAACAAGAUCUAGUAAUGAACAGAUUCACCAUGGGGAAGGCAAAGAAAACAAUGCCGCUGCCCUAAAUACAUCCGUCGAAACCGAUCAGACUGAGUCAACCAAGUCUGAUACCUUGAUAGUCAGUUCAGCUGACACUCCUAUGCCUCCACCGUCAACUCCUGUCACCACAGGAAAUAAACGCCCAGUUGCAUCAAGUCAAGAUCUAUUUGCAAUCCAGGAAGCAAUUAAACGAGCGCGAACUAUGGACGAAGUGGAACGUCUUCAUCAGUUGCUAAGUAGUGGUCAGUUUGCAGGAUUCGCAGCUCAGUGGCAGAAACAAUUAAGGCAGCAACAACAACAGAAGUCCUCUCAGUAA